UUUCCGUCCUCCAUCGCCGGAAGUGAUGCGGGGUGCGCCCGGCGCUGCUUGGCACCACUGUUUUCCUUCGGCGCCAUGCCGUCGGAGCAGUUUCGGAUGGAGACCGUCGAGGCCCUGCGGAACACCCGCAAAGGGCGGCUGCGCUACUGCCGAGACUGGAGCCCGCUCGAGGAGAGCAUCUUGGUAGAGGAUAAAUCCCCUCCGGUGUUGUCCCGUUACACAGGCUGGGUGCUUGAAAAAAUCAUCUCCCGCUCUCCAAAGUCAGACCCACCUCUUGUGGCAAAAUCCACUCCUGAAGGAGCAUCCCUUUUCCAUGGUUUGUCUUUAAGGACCGAUGCCUCUCCUGUCAAUCAGUGCAGUCCCCUACCCUCUUUAACAGAAGCUCCUGCUGAUGCCCAGAAAGGGAGUCCCGCGAGGAGCAACCCAGAGCCCGUCCCUCUGAGCCCCCCCUCCAAAAGCACAGGAGUUGAAGGCCUCAUCCAUUUGCACAAGGAGAUCCAGAAGCUGAAAGGGAAGGAACAGCUGAAUCAACGCUUGGAGCAGCAGGACCAGGCGGUGAAGGCAGCCUCCGAGGAGGCCAGCGAGUUGCUGAAGCGCUUCGAUGAGAUGAAGGAGCUGAAGCAGCACCAGGAGUACCAGCACCUGCAGCAAGAGAUAGAGAACAGCUCCAAAGAAGCCCAAGGGCAGCAGGAGAAGCUGAAGGAGGAGCAUAGGCGCAGAGCCAAACUUUUAAGCCGGAAGCUCCGUGAGGCUGAGCAGCAGCGGCAACGGCAGGAGGACCUGGAGCGCCAGCGGCGGGAGGAGAGCCAAGAACGCCUGCGCCGCCUCUACGCCAUCCAGGAGGAGGUUUUGCAGAUCCACCAGCAGAUUGGCCUCAAUGCCAGGCAUAAAGAGCUGCCCGCCAUCGACUUCUCACUCUACAACACCCGUGGCAAUCACCUCUGCGGAGAGGUGUCGGCCUUAGUCCGGAUGGCCAAUGAGGCUUUCCCCACCGAGGCAGAUGUGGCUUCCGCUGAUCACGCCCUGCUCAAGAUGCACCAACUGCUGUCUGGCAUGCAGCAAGAAAUUGCUCUCGCCCUGGAAGAGAAGAAGAAGCAGGAGGAGAAGUUGGCUACGGCUGAGGCGGCAGCAGCCGAGGCCAAAAAAACAGAGGAACUGCAGAAGGAGGAUCUGGCAAAAUCCCAGCCUUUGGAUUCCGGAAAGCUUGCUGGAGGGCUUCAGGUGAAGGCAGACCCGUCCAUCAUGAAGUGGUACCAAGAGCUGCAGAAAGAAUCGGAACAGUGUGUGGCUUCCUUCAGUCGCUUGGCCACCAGCAAAGACCUGCAGGAGAAAAAAAUCAAAAUGGAAUUGCAGAAAGCUGCCACCAUCCCUGUUAGCCAGAUUUCUACUAUUGCAGGUUCCCAACUGAAGGAGAUCUUUGAGAAGAUCAACAGCCUCCUCUCAGGGAAAUACGUGCACUGCGGGGGUCAUAGAAUAUCCGUCACGCAGCACCCCGAAGGCCUGGAGUUUGUUUAUUUCAAAUUGGCUGAAAAGUUUGUGAAACAAGGCGAAGAAGAGGUGGCCUCUCACCACGAAGCAGCAUUCCCCAUUGCUGUGGUGGCAUCUGGCAUCUGGGAGCUUCACCCCAAGGUGGGCACUCUCACCUUGGCUCACUUACAUAAAAAGUGCCCUUACGCCGUGCCCUUUUACCCUGCGAUGAAGGAAGGCACCCCGCUGGAAGAGUAUCAGAGGAUACUCGGCUACCAAGUGAAGGACGGGAAAGUUGAGCCGCAAGAUAACUUUCUCAAACGGAUGUCUGGGAUGAUCCGACUCUAUGCAGCCAUCCUGCAGCUUCAGUGGCCUUACCGAGAUAAGCAAGGGACUCACCCACACGGGUUAAACCAUGCCUGGCGUUGGCUGGCCCAGAUUUUGAACAUGGAACCUCUGGCAGAUGUGACGGCAACGAUUCUCUUUGAUUUCCUGGAGGUGUGUGGGAACGCUCUCAUGAAGCAGUACCAGGGGCAAUUUUGGAAGAUGCUUCUCCUGAUCCAGGAAGAGUAUUUCCCUAGGAUCGAAUCAAUUACCAGCCCUGGGGAAAUGGGCUCCCUCAUACGAUUCAAGCAAUUUUUAAAAGAUUGCUUACAGCAAAAAUCCAUUCCUCUCCCCAAAGGAUACCUGCCAUCCUCUUUUUGGAAAUCGUGAGGCUCGGAUUCCUUUUCACUUUUUUUUAACAGACGGUGAAAGAAAAGCUCGCUUUGUUUUUAGUUUACUUUUGUUUUUGUUCUUAAAAAAAAAGUCCGUAGGCAGAAAUUUUUCCAAAAACAAAACCAGAAAAGAUUUGGAUUCUUGACAGAAUCCGGAAAUGGCUCGUCAGCUUUUAUCCGAUUGUCAAAAAAACAACCUUUUCUCCCAAGAUUUUCCGCCGUGAUUUGCACUCGCCUCGUUGCACACGGGUGUGCUCUUUCUGGUUUUUUUCCUGCUGUGUCAUGCCCGGUUCUCCUAAGACAAGAGAAACAAAUUGGUUGGAGUGGCCUUGAGGGACUCCUCUGUUUUAUUAACAUCGGAAGUUUUGACGCGCACCCACGAAAAAAACCCCAGUCAGUGUCUGAAGCACUGCGAUUGAAUUUGGAAGAGAGAUUAAUUCUUAAUUAAAACGCUGCAGUGCUUUGCAGCAAAAGCCUCGGUUGAUUGCCUUUAAUUUUAAAAAGCCAGCCGAGUGGAGUUCAUCCAAGCAAUACUGAAAGAACAUGAAUUGAUUUGUGGCUUUCAUUCUUCUUUUUUUUAAAGGUUUUAGAGAGCUUUGCAUUUAUUUAAGUAAGAUUUCCCCCCCCCCCCCAAACCCCGUUCAAAAUAGAACCAUUGAAUGGGAAAAGGCGAAGAUCUUGCUUGGAUGGCUGUUUAAUUUUCAUGAAAUCAAAGGAAAUAGUUUAAAAUCAGUCUUGGAGCCAUGCUUUUCUCUCUCGGAUCCAAGACAAUAUAUGAACUGUGGAAUCUGCUAUUUGCAAUCCGUGGAAAACGAAGAGGAACUUAUAUUUUUAUGCAUCUGAUGCUAAGCGAAACAGCAAAAGUGUUUCUCAUAACACAGACACACACACAUAUAUAUAUGUAUAUGUAUAUAUAUAUAUAUAUAUAUAUAUUUCACAUGGCGUAAGCCAGUUUGCUGGCAGUGGGAGAUUUGCAAGUCGACAGAGCGAUUGUGUCAGCUCAAUCAAGUGUGAAAUGUUGAGCUUUUGUGUCUUAUUUUGCUACAGAGAUCAUUUUUACAACAAUAAAGACAAUAAACCUUG